UUCCAGCUCUAAUGCAUUUUAGGUCUUAGCACAGCAGAAAGUCCUUUCUUUCUCUCUUUUUUCAACAGCCACAAUGAUGUAUUUAAGGACUUUACUUUUCAUAUCUGCAGUGCUCUCAUGGACGAUGUCCUUUGCAGCAAGAGAUGAAUUCAUGGAAGUAAGAAAAGUGGAGAGAGACAUGCAGGAUUAUGACAUCCUUCGGGAUAGAGAGCAAGCUGUAGUUCCAAGAGCAAUUGACAUGCCGACAUGUUUACUGUGUGUUUGUCUGAGUGGUUCUGUUUACUGUGAGGAGGUGUCCCCUGAAAUGUCAGCUGUCCCAACAUUGCCAAAAGAAACAGCCUAUCUCUAUGCACGCUUCAACAAAAUUACAAAAAUAAACAACGGAGACUUUGCAGGCAUGACCACACUGAAAAUAAUUGACCUAAGUGGGAAUCUCAUCGUGGAGGUAGAGGAUGGAGCUUUUUCCAGACUUACAAAUCUUGGGGAGCUCAAUCUUUCAAACAACCGGCUGACAAAACUACCCACACUUCCAGCAAGUCUAGUGUCUUUCAACGCCAACUUCAACAAGCUUACCACACAAGGUGUAAAGUCGACUGCAUUUAAGAAACUCACAAGACUGGCGUACCUUUACCUUGGAAACAAUGACCUGACAGCAGUGCCUCAACUUCCAGAGUCUCUUCACACGGUCCACUUGCAUAACAACAGGAUCAUGACAAUAACAGAUGAAACUUUCUGCCAAGGAAACACCAGCUACUACAUCCGCAGCAACAUGCAUGAAGUGAGACUGGAUGGGAACCCCAUCAUGCUGUGGAAACACCCUUACAGCUUCAUCUGUCUGCACAGUCUCCCUAUUGGAUGGUACAACUGAAAUAAUCAAAAUGUGCUUCUGACAGUAUACAAAAUAGUAACACACUUGACUGUAUAUUUUUUCAUUUUAUUUUGUUAGUUAAACUGAAACUGUUUAGGCAGGCGCUGUUUAGUAUUUUGAAGCCAGAUCAGCUGUUAUAACCAUAAUAUUUUAUAUCCGAACAUACGGUAUACGUUAGUUCUGUAGAUCACAAAAAAAAAACAAGGAGCAAUUAACAAUAAAAUGUGCAUGUUUUGAGA